AUGGCCAAGCAACAUCCCCUCGUGAUUAGACUCUUCCUUGCCUCUCUCUGGGCUUUCCUUUGCCACGCUAUCGAUGUUUAUAGCGCCGAUUCAAGGCCUUUCUCCACCAUUCAAGCCUCCAGGGGGAUGUUACCUAAGGGCUUGUCUACGGUUGGCGUGGUCUCGGCUGACAUCAGCCUGUGGAACCAUGUCCAUGGAGGUUCCGAUAAUUUCAGUAAAGAUGAGGAUGGAUACGUAUCUACAACCUCGGACUCGAACCUGGCUGCAAACUGGGUUAAGUGGCACUUCGGCGGAAACGGCUACAUCUACCGCAUUCAUUCUGCCCCGAAUAUGAUCGACUGUCAGGUGACCCUCGGGAAAUACAAUCCGUACAACGACGAGAAGGAGUUCGCCGCUCUCGGUGGCAUUAAGAUAAACCAGAUCAUCGGCUGGACUCCUGUUCGCAACAAUUUCAAAGGAAAGGAAAAGUUGAACCCCUUGUAUCGGGCUGCCACCUAUAGUAAUAUGGGCAACGGCGGAGCUCAGCCCCAACUCGCGGCUUUUCCUCCCGACCACGAAGCUUGGGCCGAGGCUCCUUGGUCACAGUAUAGCACCUGCAGACGCUCUGCAAGAGAAUUCUUUAUGAAGAAGCGAGCAUGCUCGCCAGCCAAGAGUAACCAAGCGUUCGCCACAGAGUAUCUAGAGUACGUCAACGCAAUCUGCCCGGCGUGUGAAUAG